UUCAACAGUAAGGUCUGGGUUUUGAUUUUCGAUCGAUUUGGUUAAUCAUGAUCACAUUAACAACAACUUAUUCAUAUCUGUUGAUUCUCUCUCUCAUUUUCUUCCAAGGCGAUGAAAGCGCCUCCAACUGCGCUCCCCUUUCCGCCUCAAGACCGAUCCCAAUCACUGCGGCAAUCGGAGAUUGGAGUUAUCAACAUCACCUUCCUCUACCAAAAUUCUCACAGAUAUUAUGUGAAAGACCUCAUCGCCAGAAUCAGACUGGUCGAUGCUUCCAUUGACAACCGCACUCUCUGCUCUUUCCCCAAUUACACUUUCUUCACCCAUUCCGAUUCUCCUUAGCCAUCAUAGCGCGCCAUAUGGUGGUUAUGUUGCCUGGCCUAUCAAUUUCAUAAGCUGCCAAUAUCCAAAUUUCCCGACCAAUUCUUCCUUUUUAACUGAGAUUAACACUCAAUGCGCCUCUAAUUCUUCCCAAUCCACAUUUGAUUAUAUCAAAGUCGGCAGGAUGAGAGCCUCGGAGGUGCCACACAUGUGCAGUGUUGAUCUGAUGGCCUUCACGUCUUGGGAAUUUAGGGAUUUAUCGCUUUCGGAAAUUCACCAAUCUCUCUUGUACGGAUUUGAACUCUACGUGUGUUCGUGGUGGUGGUGCAGCAAAAGAACAACCACAAAUUGGGAAAAAUUCACGAAUUGGUUAUUAGGAACUAAUGGGCUUCUUCUCCUGAUUCCUUUGGCAAUUCUAGUAUUUUUAAUUGCAGGGGUAAGCCUCCCAGUGACGAUUAUCAUCGGAUUAAUCGGUGUAUUAGUACUCUCAUUGACUACCUUUCCGGAGGACUGGCCAUACUACUUCACUUACUAUUUAUUUCCUAAUGGAGUUCGAAUCGGAUCUGAUUUCAUAAUCAUUGUUUGUUUUACUGCAGCAGUAAACAUCCUUGUCGCAAUCACAGUGGGAUUUGCCGGUGCUUUGGUUCUGUCAUUUGUUUUGAUGGAAAACUUUACCUAUUCAUUUGGAGUGGGUGUGGCACCUAAAUUCAUAUUCACUGGUGUCAUCUCAAGUACAAUCAUAUGUGCACCAAGGAUCAUCAUUGGUCCUUUCGCUGUGUGGUUUCUGAUUUACAAAUUCCGAAGAAGGCGUUAUUUCACAUAUGAUGCUAUAGAAAGCUACCUACAAGGCGAUAACAAACUCGUGCCAAUAAGGUACUCGUAUUCGGAUCUGAAAAGGAGGUUUUCAAGAAAAACUGGGUGAAGGAGGCUACGGUUCUGUUUACAAAGGGAAGCUCCGAAGUGGCCUUCAUGUAGCCGUCAAACUGUUGGAGAAAUCCGGAGGAAAUGGGAAAGUCUUCAUGAAUGAAAUAGCUACUAUUGGAAGGAUACAUCAUGUCAAUGUAGUGA